UCAAGUACAGCAUCAAAGAAAGUAGCCCGGGCGAGUACAUCUUCGUGGGCAACAAAGAGACGAUGGUCGGGACCGACAAUUAAGCUGACAACAGGGCUCACGAGAGGACUAUACACUCGGGAAUCAGAUUAGCUUGCACGGGCGGAGACGCAGCGACGCAAGGAGGACAAGCAAGGAGAUGCUAAUGAACAAUAGCACACCCGUCCAAUCCAGACACAGCAUCGAGAUGAGUCCCCCGCACGUCCACUGCAACUACGAAGCCACCCCCAAGAAAAACACAUCAAAGAAACGAUCCCAACUCAUCAAGCAAAGUAGCGGCAUAGAGGCAAAAAAGAGACCAUCUACCUUGAAAGCGGCGGCCCUUCCAUCCCCUCCGCCUUCUCUGCCUCCUCCUUUCUCUCUCUCUCCACCUGCACCCCAUGCAUCGCCUUCGCCUUCGCCUUCCCACCCAUUUUUCUCGCCACAGACGAUCGAGCAGACUUCUGAACCCCGCGGUUCUUCACCAGCAAAGACGAAGAGCGAUUCCUACCGGCCCUACGGGCCAUCGUGCUUCUACCACCCGGAUCCAUCCACUGGACCAGGAAUGAGACGAUAGACAUGAAGAUAUUAGUGCAGAAGAUGAGUGUCAGAAGAAGAAGAAGAAGAAGAAGAAGAAGAAGAAGAAGAGAAGAAGAAAGACGCUUAGACACUCCAGGAACAAACAAAUGAGUGGAGUGGAUCA